CAAAUCAUCAUAUAUACUUUCACAUAAAAAAAAAGAAACAAAUAUGACACUUUUUCCUUCUUCUUCUUCUUUAUUCCUUGUUUUUUUUCUUGCUCUUCUUGCUGGAACCUCUUCUUCAGGUCAUCUACUUUCAGAGAAUUUCUAUUGUAGAAAAUGUCCACAAGUUUUCAGUGCUGUGAAAUCUGUUGUUGAAGAUGCUGUGGCCAAAGAACCACGCCUUGGUGCUUCUAUUCUUCGCCUCUUCUUCCAUGAUUGCUUUAUUGAUGGGUGUGAUGGAUCAUUGUUAUUGGAUGAUACAUCAACAUUCAAAGGAGAGAAGACAGCAGCAGCAAAUAACAACUCAGUGAGAGGGUUUGAAGUAAUUGAUGCAAUCAAGUCAAAGGUUGAAGCUUUGUGCCCCGGUGUUGUUUCAUGUGCUGAUAUCUUGGCCAUUGCUUCUCGUGAUGCUGUUGUUAUUCUUGGAGGGCCUUUUUGGGAUGUGAAACUUGGAAGAAGGGAUUCAAGAACAGCAAAUUUCACAGCUGCCAACACUGGUGUAAUUCCAGCUCCCACUUCUAACCUUAGUACCCUAAUUUCCAAUUUUAAGUCACAUGGCCUUGAUGUCAAGGACUUGGUUGCCUUAUCUGGAUCUCACACAAUUGGCAAAGCAAGGUGUACAAGUUUCAGAGGUCACAUAUACAAUGACACCGACAUUGACCCUUCAUUUGCCAAGUUAAGGCAGAAAAAUUGUCCAAGGCAAAAUGGCACAGGAGACAACAAUUUAGCACCCUUGGACCUACAAACACCCACACAUUUUGAGAACAACUACUACAAGAACCUCAUCAACAAAAAGGGUCUCCUUCAUUCUGAUCAAGAACUCUUCAAUGGUGGAUCCACUGAUUCACUUGUUAAGGCCUAUAGUCAGAAUAAUAAGGCCUUUGCUUCUGACUUUGUUACUGGAAUGAUUAAGAUGGGGAACAUCCUGCCCUUAACUGGGUCAAAAGGGGAGAUAAGGAAGAAUUGCAGAAGAGUGAAUUAGUUCAUGAAUUAAAUUUAUGAAUAAAGACACAUAAAUUCAUUUCUUGA